AGCAGAUAAUAUCUGAGCUUCUGCCGAGCACGCUGGGAUUCUCGAAACGCCUUGGAUCAACUCUUAUGGUAUCCUCAACGGACCUGAACAACACUACAACCAUCAGCAGUAAGCUUCCCUCACCAAAGACAGCCAUGCUGUACGAUCCUGGAUCCUCCGGCUAUGUCGAUUGGUUGUCCAAAUCUACCACCCUGGAUGACAUCUACCGGAACUAUCUAUCGCCGAGCAUGUCGAACGUAACGAAUGACAUGGGGAAUCAUCGAGCCGAUACAGCUGUGAACCCCAACCUCCAACAACCAUCCGUAGCUGGCGAUUACUUCGACGAAGGUGUCAUCACGGGCUUUGCAGUUCAACAUCCGGACCCUAGCCAACACCCAUCUCCAGUCUACAGUCAGCCCUACAAUCCGUCCUACAAUCCGUCCUCCUAUAAUCCGUCCUACAAAGCUCAGUCUUACAAGCCCAAUCCGUAUCAACUGCAACCGAGACCGGCACCCGGUCAGGUGCCCAACAAAAACCCUCACGAACUUCUACAGGGAGAAUCCCGGGGAGAUUACUACCACAUCCACCGACUCGAGUACGAACACGAAAAGGAACAUCACCACGAAGGCAAGAGUCUAGCCCUGAAGGACCUGUUCGACAUCGCCCUGACCACGUUGGCAUUCCUGUCGUUCGGGAUGUUUAUCCUGCAGGUGAUAAUGUGCCUCACGAUGACGAAUGCGGACACCAAUCUGAUGGUUCCGGUCGCGACGACGGAGCUAACCGGCGAAGGCGUCGAAGAGGUGCGUAUCGGAGGUCGCCGACGUCGAAGGCGAUCGCUGCUGGAACUGAACCAGCUCCAGCGGCUGGGCGAAAUCAACGAAAUAGCUCGCAAGGUGUUGGACUCGAUGGAUGCGGCCAUUCACGCGAAGGAAGAUUCGGGUCGCUGCUCUCAGUUUGUCAUCUGCGAGGGUAAUCAACUUUCAACCGGGCUGAAAUACAUCCGACGCUACUGGAUGGCCGUGUGGAAUUUGGGAAUUAGUUGGCUCACUGGCAACCUUGUAAAUGAGGAAUCUCGAUCCGGUGUGAUUUUAGACUGUCUGAAGUCGAUGAUCGUGGGCCUGGGUGGAGGAGAUUGUCGAAAGAGCUUCCACUGCGUUGUAGGCCACAAACCAGGAGUGAAAAUCAAACAAUAGUUGAUUCAACUGAAUUGAAGUUAGUGUUCUUUUUGGUGCUCUUUCGAACGUUUUAAUGCAUAUAAUAUUAUACUUGUAUCAGAUCAUCAGAAAGAAAGAAAUUUAUCCAAACUUAAUCAUCCGAAGACAUUAAAAUGGUAAUUUUUUGUGGAGAAAUUAUUCUAACUGUGUAAGUUGAAAUUUCAGGGAACGGAUAAGAUGAAAAUCGAUGUUGAACAACAUCGAAUGUCAGAAUUUAAUUCAGAACACUGAUAACAAUGAUUGAAACUAGAUGAUAUAACUCACGCUCAGAUUGGCAGCUUCCUUCCUUUGUUGAUGCUUAGUUUUUUAAUAGGUGUUAAUUGAAUUGUCCAAUAUUGUGAAUCCGUCCCAAGAAGAGAUUGUCUGCUUGUUUGACAGUCAAACUAGUAGUGACGCCUCCGAGGCUGAUGCCGCGAUCACGUUUCGUA